CUUAUCAUGGUUAUACUUUAAAUUAGAAAAAAAUAAGUUCAAUUUUUUUUUUGAUUGAGCAAACAAACAAACCACAAAAAAAACAAUGGGAUGCUGUGGCUGUACAUUGUUUGCAUCGACAAUAACAGCCGGUGUUUUAACAAUACUCGACUGUCUAGGCUAUUUAGCAUUUGAUGCAUUUGUAUUAUCAUUGUUAACACACAAAAACGAGCCAUCAAUUGAUACUGAUGAUUUUACUAAUACCAUAUUGUCGUUUUAUAAAAUCAAUGGCGAUACCAAAACAAUACUAAUUGCAUUGGUUGCUAUUAAGCUGGCCAUACGUGCUAUUUGGUUUAUAUCGGCAAUUGUAUUAUUUAUAGGCAACUCAAAAGAGUUAAGUAAAUGUUUGAAAUUUUGGCAAAUAAUAACAACAAUUAGGAUUAUCUAUUCAAUUGGCGUAUGUGUGUAUGUUUGUGUCAAGUUUGCGGAUGAUCUUAAAGAGAUAAGCGAUAAAGGUAUUGAUGAACUACAGGGAAAACCGAUUUUUGCUGAACUUAUAGUUAUCAUUGAUUUUAUUGAAUUUGGUGGACCUAUUUGGUGGAUAAUUUUGCUUGCCUUGAUAAUAUAUGUUUACCAACGUGACCGAGAGAUUAACAAUCAAAAACGCCAGUUGUCUCAUGCAAACAAUUGGGGUAAUUUUGUGGACAGUUAUGAUGCCAACAAUCAGCCGCCGCCACCGACAGCACCGGUCAAUAGUGGUGGCGACACUAAUAAUAAUAAUAAUAAAAGACAGGAAUCGUUGACCAAUCGGGUCAGUUUGACACAACCGCCCAAAACAUUUACCAUCAGUGGUGGUGGUGGUGGUAUCAAUCGUGAAGAUAACAAUAAUGAUAUAAAUAGUGGUAAACAACAGCAACAGCAGCCGGAGUUAAGCACCGAUAGUAUUAACAGUGCUCAGCCUAUAUUGCAAGUCAACAAUAUUAUAUCCAUACCACGGGUAUCGUUAAAUAAGCCGCAACCGCCACCAAAACCCCAACAACAAAAUGCCCGAUCAAACUAUGAUAACAACAACACCAACAAUCGCCAUCAGCAGCAGCAGCAGCCGUACGGUUCAUCAUUGGCUCAGAGGAGCAGCUAUUUGGAUGCAGCUAACGGUGCUGCUGGCGGUAAUGGUGCUAAUAGUGGUGAUGUCUACUAUCAACAGCGCCGAGUAGUCGAUAAUAUACCCAAACGUACCGAUAGCUAUCAUAUGGCUCAGGGAUCGUCAUCGGCAGCAGCAGCAGCAGGUGCUGGCGGUCAGAGAUCCCGAAAUUAUUAUUCCUAUGAUAACAGGGGUUACCAGAGAACCGAAAACAAUGAGUUCCCGGCAGAUAAUCAGUCAGGACUUGUCAAACGGACUUCAUUUAGACAUUAAAAUGUUUAUAUUUUAUUAUUAAUUUUUUAAUUUUAUUUUUAUUUUUUUAAAUAUUACAAACAGAAAAUUA